AAAGAGGCUGUUCUCUCAACGAAAAGAGAUAAAAAUAGUUCCCUUCUUGGUUAGGCUCUAUUUUCUCAAACAAUUAUUUAUAAUUAAAUUAAGAUAAACUGAAAAAAAAAGGUGGCAUUGUGAAGAAUGUUCAUGUAAGAAACGGAGAGUGAAGAAUGUUCAAGAGAGAGAGAGAAUUGUGUAUAUAAAUAGGAUUGCCAGAAGAGAGAAAAGAAAGAAUCACAGAUCAAGAAAUUAGUUUACAAUUUACAUCUCUCUCUCUCUCUACAGAGAAGAAGCGGAUUUUUGAAAAGAAAAUGAAAAAUUCAGUGUCAGACCGUAGUUUUUACAUUGAAAGUGAUGAUGAUGAAGAUCUGGAGAAGGAAAUCGACAAUGGCGAAGACGAUGGAAACGAAUCGGAUUCUUCGGGUUCUUCGCCGGAUAACCGGAAUCAGAACCAACCAAGUUCUUACAAUACCGGCGCCUGGCCUCAGAGUUACAGGCAAUCUAUUGAUAUGCUGGGAAGUGUUCAUUCUCCAAGUCUUGGGCUUAUAGCAACUCCAUCAUUAGCCAGAUUAGGAAGCUCGUUUCUGUCUUCUUCCAUAACAAGGAGAUUCACUCCUGAAGCGUUCUCUUCUUCCCUAUCCAAACCAUUCCUCCCAGUCCCCACUGCAAUUGCAGUUGAUGACCACCUCAAACACCAUAGCUCUUACUCUCCUCUCGGCCCUCAUCCACUUCCCACCAGGCGCUCUUCCUUGUCCGUCCGGAAGGAUGACAAAGACAAGUCCGUCGUCGCCAUUGACGCCCAUGGCCUUCCCAUUUCUCGCCAAAGCUCCUUCGGCCAAGCCGUUGUUAAUGGUAUCAAUGUGCUGUGUGGGGUGGGAAUUCUUUCGACCCCGUACGCCAUGAAACAGGGAGGAUGGAUGGGGAUUUCAAUUUUGAUGGUAUUUGCAGCCCUUUCUUUCUACACUGGGAUCCUCCUGCGUGCUUGUUUGGACAGCAGGCCUGGCCUCGAAACUUACCCUGACAUUGGCCAAGCUGCUUUUGGCGCCACGGGCCGUGUCGCCAUUUCGAUUAUAUUGUACGUGGAAUUAUACGCUUCUUGUAUUGAGUACAUAAUUCUGGAGAGUGACAAUUUGUCUACAUUGUUUCCCAAUGCGCACAUAAAUUUUGGCGGAUUCCAAUUAAAUUCACACCUUUUAUUCGCUAUAGCAACUGCCCUUGCUGUUCUUCCAACUGUUUGGCUUCGUGAUCUCAGUAUUCUAAGUUAUAUAUCUGCUGGUGGAGUUAUUGCAUCAAUCACGGUGGUUGUGUGCUUGUUCUGGGUUGGGUUGGUGGAUGAUGUCGGUUUCCAGAGCCCGGUGACUCCACUAAACCUCUCAACUCUCCCAGUUGCUCUGGGUCUGUACGGCUUCUGCUACUCAGGACAUGCUGUAUUUCCUAACAUCUAUAGUUCCAUGGAAAAACAAAGCCAAUUCCCAGCAGUCCUUUUGACAUGUUUUGGCAUUUGUACUUUGAUGUAUGCUGGAUCUGCUAUUAUGGGAUACUUAAUGUUUGGAGAAUCGACAUUAUCCCAGUACACUCUUAACCUGCCCCAGGAUUUGGUUGCCUCAAAGAUUGCUGUGUGGACUACGGUAGUAAACCCCUUUACCAAAUAUGCAUUAACAAUAUCUCCAGUUGCAAUGAGUCUGGAGGAGUUUAUACCACCAAACCAUGCCAAGACUCAUAUUUAUUCCAUGCUCAUUAGAACAGCUCUUGUAAUUUCCACCUUACUUGUCGGCCUUUCUCUCCCCUUUUUCGGUCUUAUGAUGGCAUUGAUUGGAUCGUUGUUAACAAUGCUUGUGACUUUAAUACUCCCUUGUGUCUGUUACCUCAGCAUUUUGAGGGGGAAAAUAACAUUUUUGCAGAGAGCACUUUGUCUAAUAGUUAUAACAGUAGGAGUUGUUGCGUCAGCAUUUGGAUCAUAUGCAUCUCUCGAGAAAAUCAUUGAGAAAUUGAUGAGCGGCUGAAGAUUUAUGUAUUCUCAACCGGCAAGGAUCACUGGUUAUGCAGCAUAGAUUCUGGUAGAUUCUGUGAGUUAUAGAGGAACUUUAGGUAUCAUGUGAACUUGUUUGUCACUACCUUUAGACAUCAAUCAAAACCAUUUUGUUACAAUAUUAAUAGAGAUUGUGAAUACAGCCAUGGAUUCUUCCAAUUUCUCGAAUAUCAUGACUGCAACUUUCUUGGUGCA